GUGCACGGGACACUGGACAGCAUGGUGCGUGUGCUGGAAGUGCACGACGUGCCGUUCUUCCCCAAGCACGGUGCCAACAACAAGGGGAACAGCAGUCGCAAUGACACAACACCUGCAACUGGAAACACAAUGACACGCGAAGACAUGCUGCCCUCCUUCCUUGUGGACCUAUCCCCGAUUCACCGCAUGAUGGCCGCAUUUGGGUGUGGCGAUCGAAAUGGGGACGGUAGCAGGGAACUGGAGCUGCUUGAGAAUGGAGAACACAGGACACCUCCCGCUCCAUCAGGUACAAGGUCCACCAGCACGUACGUGGAGGAGAGGGUGAAUGCCAUCCGCCGCAACGAGACCAUGCUGCCCUUGCAACAACAGUCACAGUCGCAACACAGUCGUGUGCGACGGAAUGAUGACCCUGAAGUGCAGGCAGGGCAGUGCACGCUGGCGAGCGUGAUCAACGGCACGUGUCCUGGCAUCGACAACAAUUUCAGGCUCACUAUUACUGUGCGCGAGGAGGACCGUGUAGACGACAACACGGAUGCUAGCGGGCUACGUGCCAUCUCCAGCUUUGUGGUCGCAUUGGCCGUGAAAGGGCACGUGCAGGAAGCGCCGCUGAGGUGGAUUGUGAACAAUGGACGGUGGACAGUGUGCCACAUAAUUACCUUGGAUGGUGUGCGGUUUCCGACGAUGCAAUUGAGCAUACUCAGCCCAAUGGCACACGUUGGCACGAUUUUUGUUCAAAACAGCAAGUUGCUGCGUGCAGUGGACGCAAAGGACUUCCAGAACGCGCAGAGAAUCGCAGCACUUCACGUGUUAGACUGCUCUCUGACAUCUGUGCCUGAUGUUUCUGGCAUGACGUCGCUAAGUCUUCUCAACUUGCACAACAACCGCAUUCGUCGCAUCGCAAAGGAUGAUUUUAAAGGGCUGACGUUGCUGGAACAGCUGCUUCUCAGCGGGAACCGCAUUUCUGAGAUUGACCCAGCGGCAUUUGGUGGCCUUUCACAGCUGACCAAAUUCGUCUGUGUUGCCAACGACCUCAGCGCCAUCCCCUCCAGCCUGUUCCAUGGUCUCACGAGCCUGAAUCUGUUACAGCUGCAGCAGAACCCAAUCACGAAACUCGACGCCGACGUGUUCGCUGGACUGACCAUGCUGGAUGAUCUCACCCUCGAGGACAUGCUCCUCACCAGCUUGCCACCCACACUCUUCCGAAGCACCACCCGCCUUGUUCGCCUCGGUUUGGCGCGAAACUUCAUCACGUCCCUCGAUGAGACUGUCUUCUCCGGCCUGUCAUCGCUGGAGCAUUUGCAGAUCUUCAACAACCGACUGACAUCACUGCCACCGGGCGUGUUUAAGGAUUUGACGGCGUUGACAUUUCUUGACUUGGCAAGGAACGAGCUGACUUCCGUGCCUGACGACCUCCUGCAAUUCAGCAUGCGUCUUCUCGCAUUCUUUUGCAACAACAACCACUUGACCGUCCUUCCAGCCAACCUGUUCGCCAACAACCCAGGACUGUUUCAGGUUAACUUGGCGAACAACGCUCUUCACUCCAUCGACAACGUGUUUGUAUCGGCACAGCUAUCUUCUCUUCGGUUCCUCGACCUGAACAACAACCGACUGACCCAGCUGCAUCUUGCCAGAGAACUAUCUUCACUUCAUCUUUUUGAUUUGAGCGACAACCCGAUGCAGGAGCUGCCAGAUGUCACGCUCACGCCUGCCCUGAACACACUCCGGCUACAAAACCAUGGAAUCAAACACAUGGACUUGGUGCCACUACUCCGUCUGCCCAGCCUCGAAGUGCUCGAGCUUGAUGCUCUCCCACAAGCGAAUUCCAAGGCAGUGUUGACGGACACCAACGUCGCCGACAUUGCGCCGCUGUCAACCCUCAGCCUUGAGAACGUCGAUAUCAGCACCGCUGUCCCAUCACUUGCCCACCUUCCGUCGCUCAGCCUACGCACGCUCCACGUGGGCUGGCCGGGUGCCAGUAGCCAUGAGCUUCCAAUUAACACCGUGUGCAAGUUGCUGAAAAGCAGCGUGCGUGAGCUUCGCAUCGCCAACACGGACUACCGAGCCAUUGAGCUGUGUCCCGACAAGACGUUCGACUCACUCCUUCUCAACGACAACCAGCACCUGCAAUCCAUCACCGUCCAUAAUCCGCUUCGAGAGCUGAACGUGUCACGCUGCACCCAGCUCACAUCCAUCGAUGCCCCUCCAAUCGACAUCUUCGACAUCAGCAACACCAACUUCACGCCAUCUGGUGCGCUUUGCACGCGGUGGGGCACACGUAUUCUGUUCGCCCGCAACUUGGUCGGAGACAUCGAUAUACGACAAGCUGCCACGACUGCACGCAACUGCCUUGAGCGAGUAGAUGUGUUGGAUCUCUCUGGAAACACUUGGCUGAGCCACGUGGCAGAGGUGAAUCGCGUGACGGAGAGGGAAAUCGUCUUGUCAGAUGAAGAGUAUUGGACGGCGGACUUCGUUGUCCUUCUGUUUCGCCCCAUUCCUCCCAUCCUUCAGCUGACUGAUGCGCCUAUCGAGUGUGCCCUUAAGCUGUCAAACCAGGACUUGCGGCCUCGAGCUAAUACGGUUCUGUUGACUCCCCAGAUCGUGUUCUCCUUCCACUGCACGUGUGCCCGCGGCUUCAAGAUGACGUCAGGUGGCCAGUGUGUGGUGGACAACCCAGAUGUUGCCGGCAUUGCCGCUGCCUCUGUGAUUGGCGGGCUGUUGUUUGGCCUGUUUGUGGCGUGGUUGUCACGCCGCUACCGUGGCCUCACCAAGCGCAUCGGGCUGCAGGAGCAGCUGUUGGUGGAGAUGGACGAAGAAGUGAUGGCGCUGAAGAAGGCGUGGGAGAUUGAGUACAAUGAGCUGAACAUGAUCAAGCGGGUUGCUGCAGGCGCAUUUGGCGUGGUGUUCAAGGCAGAGUGGGACACGGUGAUGGUGGCAGUCAAAGUGCUGCAGCAAGGGGUGAUGAUGUUUGACGAGAGCACGGUGUUGGAGUUUGAGAAGGAGGUGGAGUUUCUGCAACGGACACGGCACCCGAAUGUGGUGCGGUUCUUUGGUGCGGGCACAGACCCCAACGGCAGCCCUUUCCUGGUGCUGGAGUUUGUGGCCAUGGGGUCCUUGAAAGACUUGCUGGGGAAGAAUAUGGGGGAAGUGUUGAUGGGGGUAGAGCAAGGGGAGCAAAGUGGUGAAGACAUUGCAGGCGUGACUGCACGGGAAGAGGACGAGUUGACGUUGGUGAGCACAGAAAGUGACAGAAGGGCUGAGACGAUGACUGUGUGGGAGUUAAAACUGCGGUUGCUGCGUGACGUUGCCAGUGGGAUGGCUUUUAUCCACAGCCUCGACCAAAUGCACCGAGACCUGAAGAGCGGCAACGUGCUGGUAUCUGCUAACUUGCGCGCCAAGAUCACGGAUUUCGGAUCCAUUCGCCAGUGCUUCACACGAGACAGGAACCAGCACCAGCAGCGCACUCGUCUGUCAUCCAGCCAUAAUGAUGAUCCCCAGUACAGCAAGCAGGCCGGACUACAGACGAUGACCAGCAUGACGCUGACGGCUGGCGUGGGCACGCCGCUGUACAUGGCGCCAGAGGCAUUGACGGGCGACAAGUACAGCUUUGAGGCAGACAUUUUCAGCUUUGGCGUGCUCAUGUGGGAGGUGGCGACACAGCGUGUGCCGGAUUUGAUCGAGCAGGAGAAGGGGAGCGGGUACCGUGGUCCGAUCCUCGCCACACUCUUCAACUUGAUGAAGGAUGGGAAGCGGUUGCGAUUUGAAGACAGCGAACAAGAUGCCAUCCCCGAGUGGUUCCAGUCACUGACGUACAAGUGCAUGGCGCAAGACCCGCGUGAGCGGCCAUCGUUCGGAGAACUCAAGGACCACCACUUUGCUUGA